AUGGUUAGAAGAGUAGAACUUUUUCGAUGUUUACAGGGAAUCCUGUCAUUAUAUAAGCCCCCGGGUUGUGAUUUUGAGAAGUUUCGAGUACGCCUUGCUAAAAAAAUUGCAAACGGUUUGCAUACCUUUCGAACCAUUACUUUAGAAUUCAAUAAAUUACCUUGGGAAUUUGAGCGGCUCCGUACAACCAUUGUAAAAAAUCCUGAUAUGCCAGUUUUGCCUUCUAUAUCUACUGAUGUUGAUAUUGUAGACAGUCCCUUAGUCGUCGGUAGGCGUUUUGUCCACGGAGAUGUCAUUCUUAACUUUGUUGAUCCGCUUCCUGAAUUUGUUUCUGGUGUUCAGCUUGUUGGGGUUGGUGAAAGUGGCGCAUACGACCUAACAGAUUUCUUGCAUAAACACCGAUUCUCAAAAUCCUAUCAUCUUACCGGCAUGUUUGGUCAAGCCUCCCAUAAUGGCUUGGCCACCGGACCGACAAUUUAUAGAAGUCCAUGGCGUCACAUAACACGACCGAAAUUGGAUCGUGUCAUCGCGUCGAUUGAAUUCAGAGCUAGGUCGGCUUCACUUCUCCAGGCCGGGCUUGUUCCAAAUACUCAGAAGGCUUACGAAGCACUCAGCGAUCCAGAGCGCAGCAGGAGUUUUUUAAAGCCAAUGAUCGAGCCCCUCGAAUCCCUGCCCUCUGAUCGCGUUACCUCGUACUGGGACACAAAGCCCGAACCCACACAGCCACGCUCUCUCCGAGCCAGACCAGACCCAAGCUCGCUGCGGCAACUCCCUCCAUCCCUCCAAGCGAUUCGCUGUAUUGAAUUUGAUCCGCCUUUCUUCACAAUCGAAAUCCAGGUUAUCUACGAGACAGGUGAUUUUUUAAUCGAUCUCAUGGCAAAUAUUGGGGCAGCGCUACGCUCAAGUUGUCUGCUUUCGAAGGCCAGACGCAUUAGACACGGCCCCUUCACUGCUGGGAGUAGUCUCUUGUUGAAGCAGUGCACUGUGCCCGCGUCCCUGUACGAGCGGUUUGCUUCGCUCCGGUCUGAACCACCACACGAAGACUUCACCGAUGAGGCAGAAUUCCGUCGGUAUUUGCUAUCUCAGCUUGUUGUGGAUGAUGAGAUUAAUCUCUUCUCCAAUUUAGUGAAAUGCACCUACGAUGACAACUUCCAAACGUUACUUUUAUCCGCGAAAGGUUGA